UCUAUCUCUACGUCCACGUCCACGUCCUGCUUGACGUUUAAUCGAUGAGCUUUUUUCAACGGCUCGAAAAGCGCAGGUCUAUCGUCAACGGCGAGCCCCAUACCUGGGAUCUGACCCCUCCUCAACAGUAUGAGAAAAGCCUGAGCAAUUCAUCCAAGUUCCCACCAACGCUCAUCCCCCACCCCGAUGUCUUUCGCGAUGCCAUAGUUCCCUCCCUCAAACCCGAGUAUGGUGCCAACACAAAUUACCCUAACCCAGGUCACCUGGCGGUUCACUUGAGCCUGCUCGAGUGCUUCCUCCGACUCAAGCAAUCCGUUCUCAAUUCACACGAGCUCAAUGUUUUGGACCUGCCCAGCUACUCUCCAACCCCAGUCUCGGCCCCAUUCUCCGCGCCGGUGCCAUCGCCCAACUCGCGCCGUUGGAGUGUAGUGGUCCGCCUAGCCGUUGCUCGAUUCCAGGUAUGGUACGAGAACAUCGAGUCGACCCUGACGCAUGCCUCUGCAUAUCAUCGCUUUGGCCCCGGGAGCCAUGCUUAUCACGCCGCAAUCACUCCAAAUUACCUCCCCCCACUUGAUGUUCUCCUGGUGUGGUAUGCCUACAUGCAACAGCCUAGCGCAUAUCGCUGCGAUAACUUAGCCCACAGUUUUCCUAAGCUACUGGAGAUUCCAAUGCCUUGGGAAGCCAUCUUGGCGGUCAUUGACCUCGACAGCUUAGUCUUCAAAAUACCCGUUGCAGCGGAGAAGCUGUUUAUGACCACCACCUCCCAGUCCCCAGAUAUCCUAGACUACCUCGAGCACCCACCCCCAUACAGUGACUUGAAUACCGAACAGGCAUUUUCCAUCGAUCUUGCGGCUGCGGUGCACGGUCUAGUCGACGAUGCUUCUUUCAUAGAAACCAUGCAUGAACACCUAUGGCUCCGAUCUCCGUCUCUGGAAGGAACAUUAACUCGUGGAAUCGCCCAAUACAGCGCUCUGGCGCAAGCCACUGGACGACAGGCCUCCCUCUGGCUCCACCGAGUUCAGGGCGACAUUUUGCUACAGCUAGUGUGGAGGACACACAUGCUCUAUCCUAUGGCCUAUCUACACUAUAGUAACAUAACCUUCGGAGAUAAUUGUCUGUUAAACGUCACCGACGAGCUUACACAUGCAAUCGUUGCCGAUAUCAAAAUGCCUCUGACAUCGGAGCAGAGUGCUACUGCCGACCUUAUCCAAGCUAAUGGCACUCAAAGCUCAGGUAUGAAUACUAUAUGCCAUUGUUGGACGUGCGAACGCAUUCGGGACGAUGACCAAAACUACGAACACACAUCUAACAGAACAACCAUACAACUAUCAUCGGCGAUCCUGAACUCGAUCGACGGGCCACCAAGAAAUUCGUUUCGGGCUAUGACCAUACCACAACCGGCUUCUCCAUCUUCAGGUGUUGCUUUUCCUCUAUCUAAGUUGAGCAAGGAGCAAAUCUCUGCAGUCAAGGCCGAUUUGAUCUUCUACCGGUAUGUUGAAAAGUUCCGAAGCUCUAAGCCCCCCGGGACUCCUCUCCCUUCCCGCGCAGCCUCACACCGCGAAUCAGAAAGACCCAGGGCAGGGAAAGAUAUCAAGAAUCGCGUCGGGUAGAAAUCUUGGACCAGUCGGCAGCUCUGGCUGUUGCGUCUGUCUGAAGAGCAAGCAAUGCCCCAAUGACACCAUGGCGAGCACCAAACAUCCUGCGAACAGAAGCAUAGAGUGAUCAUAUUAAGAUUCUAAUUAGACCUUGUCCCUUCUAAACAAGGCGAGACACAAGUAUCACAGGUUACGAAAAAGGUGACAGUCAUCGAAACUCAUGGUGUCGCGUACGAUCAAACUGCCUUGCUCUCUACCCAUCGGGCAAGAGCAACACAUCU